CGCCGGCAAUUUCGCGCUUUUUCAGAAAAGAAGAAGAAGGUGCACCCGUAGACUUAAUCUUAACCAGGCUAAUCCCCACUAGAUGCCUUCACCUACUGUCGACGAUAUUCCAGCUGCCAAGAAAAUGAAGAUCGACAAGUGCGUCCUGCGAUUCGCCAAGCUGACCGAACAUGCCCUGGAGCCGGUACGUGGAUCUGCCAAGGCGGCCGGCGUGGACUUGCGCAGCGCCUACGACAUUGUGGUGCCUGCACGAGGCAAGGCCAUUGUGAAGACCGACCUGCAGGUCCAGGUGCCCGAGGGCUCCUACGGUCGGGUGGCCCCACGCUCCGGUCUCGCCGUGAAGAACUUUAUCGACGUGGGAGCUGGCGUGGUGGACGAGGACUACCGCGGCAACCUGGGUGUGGUGCUGUUCAACCACUCGGAAGUGGAGUUCGAGGUGAAGCGCGGUGACCGAAUCGCCCAGUUCAUCUGCGAACGCAUCUUCUAUCCGGAGCUGGAGCUGGUCGACAAGCUGGAGGACACUGAGCGCGGGGAGGGCGGAUUCGGAUCCACCGGCGUUAAGGAUCUGCCGGCGGCCAAGGCCCAAAACGGCAACGGGGAGAAGGCGACUGAGCCGGAGGCUGCUGCUCCCACUCCCAUCGCCACAUAGAGGGGAAGUAAUACGCUACAAGUGUGAAAUCAUCUUAGUUAUAAAAACAUCGUUUGUCAUUCGAGCCAAAGGAAUACAUAGUCCUAGGCCUUGCAUAUUCAUAACCGCAAAACAGGAGUUCCACGAAAAGUUCCAAUUAUAGUAUAUUAAGCUGAAAAUAUUUAGGUAAAACUGUAUUUGAUUAUCUAUAAAAAGCUACACACCAGAUUACCAAUAAAAUGUUGAAUAUACAA